GUAAUAUGGCCGUUGGAAUGGCGUCAUAAAUAGUUUCUGACGUUGUUUAUAUUUGCCUUAGAAGAGAAUUGAUUUGUAUUUUAUACAGUAGCUUAAUCGUAGAUUGUGUUGAGUACAAUGUAAUUGCAUUAAAUAGUGAACAAAAGGAUCUAUUGGUAUAAUGUUUUAGAGUUCUCAAAAAGAACAAUGUCAAACAACACUGUCGGCUCUUCGGGGCAUGCUCCCGGCAAAAUACGUGGGCCUGGAAGACCACCUAAACGUACAUGUACGUGGUGUGCUGAAAGUAAAACGCCUUUAAAAUAUGUGUUACCUACUGAGAAUGGUAAAAAAGAGUUUUGUUCUGAGACCUGUCUUUCCGAAUUUAGACAGGCUUACAGCAAAGGUGCCUGUCUUCACUGCGACAAUGUCAUUCGAGGUAAUGCUCCGUCAAGUAGUAAGAACUUUUGUUCUACAUAUUGUCUGAACAAAUAUCAGAAGAAAAAUGAAAAACGGACAAGUUCUCCACAGUCUGGUAAUGGGGCAAAUGGAUCUGAAAAUCAUUCCAACAACAACACGACAGGAUCUUUUUACGAUAUAUUUCAGUCUUUCGACUGGACUGAAUAUAUGAAGGAGACAAACAGCACAGCAGCACCUCAGGAAUGUUUUAAACAGGCACCAGUACCACCACUGAAUGAUUUCAAAGUGAACAUGAAAUUGGAAGCUUUAGAUCCACGGAAUUUGACUUCUACUUGUAUUGCAACUGUGGUAGGCGUUUUAGGACCACGGCUCAGAUUGAGAUUGGAUGGAAGUGAUAAUAAGAAUGAUUUUUGGAGACUUGUUGAUGCGGGUGAUAUUCAUCCUAUUGGGCAUUGCGAGAAGAAUGAUGGAAUGCUACAACCUCCUCUUGGAUUUCGUAUGAAUGCUAGCAGUUGGCCAAUGUUUUUGCUCAAAACUUUAAACGGUGCAGAGAUGGCGCCUCCUAAAGUAUUUCAGGCUGAACCUCCAACACCUAAGUCAAAUCUGUUUGUUGUUGGACAAAAACUGGAAGCAGUUGAUAAGAAGAACCCACAGCUAAUUUGCUGUGCUACUGUUGGAGCUGUGAAGAAUGAUCAGAUUCAUGUAACAUUUGAUGGAUGGCGCGGUGCUUUUGAUUACUGGUGUAGGUAUGAUUCAAGGGAUAUAUUUCCUGUUGGUUGGUGUGCCCGAGCUGGUCAUCCUCUGCAACCACCAGGGCAAAAAAGUGCUACUACUCCAUCAAGGUUUAAACUGCGGCCUAUCGGUAUGGCCAAUCCAGCUUUACCUGAAGGUGGUUCCACUGGUGGUACAAAUUCCACCAAUCCAAGUCCACCAACACCACUAGCUCCUGUGCAUUUACGUAUCCGCAAUAGCUGUUCCGGUGGUAGUACAGUUCUACCAAACACAGUGACUGGUUUAGGACCAUCCGGUGUUGCAGAAUCUCUCGCUAAAGAACUGCUAGGUGUUCACCCCGACCCCCAGAGGCUAACAAGGGCAUUGUUGACUGCUUCCAGUGGUUAUUCCAAUGUAACUACAGUUCAGGUUUCAACUGGAAGCAAGACUCAUACAGUUAAAGUGCCGUCUGAUCUUACAAGUGAUGAGCUCAAGAACUGGUUGAAACUGUUUUGUGUCGGAAUGAGCUGGUGUGUUGGCAUGAUUGAAGUGGACACAGGCGAGGCUGCAGUGCGGCCCUGCACACUGUGCGGGGAGUCCACUUCUAAUGGGGUAUCUUCUGCUAUUAAAAGACCUGUUAAUGACUUGCCAGUAGAAAGUGGUGUUAAUGGAUUAGGCGAGGGCUCCACUGUGAAGAUGGCUCGCGUGUCCCCGGAGCGGCCGGAGCCCGCGUCGUCGACCACGGGCGCUCCGCCACCGCCCUCGCCUGCCACACCUCCUGGAGACUGGUCCGUCGAAGAUGUCAUUGGUUUCAUAGCAGCAGCUGACCAAGCCUUAGCUGCUCACGCUGAUCUCUUCCGUAAACAUGAAAUUGAUGGGAAAGCACUUCUGUUGUUGAAUUCUGAUAUGAUGAUGAGAUAUAUGGGCCUUAAAUUAGGACCCGCCCUAAAGAUAUGUAAUUUGGUGUCUAAAAUUAAAAAUCGCCGCAAUUUUAAUCCCUAACUAGACCCAACACUUACUGAAUCUUGGAACCGUCAGUUAUUAUUUAUGCUAUCUAAGAAUAAAUUUAAUUUACAAUCACAUCGCCGUAUUAAAAUUAAAGUGAUCAAGUAAAGUAUAUUCAAUGUAAAGAAAGAAAGUUGGAAUAUCAACAUAAUGACGGUCAUUCAGUAGGAAUUAUUAUGUAUUUUGUUUUAUAUUGAAUAAUCAUUUGAUAAUGAAGCAAAUUAUGAUAUUAAAAUAAAUUUUAGCACAGCAUUGGGCAAUUUGUACACCAAUAUCGUAUUUUAUGUAAGAUGUAAAUUACUUUGUAGUCACAUGUACAUAGAUGUUAGGAAUGAGUGGAAAUGCAUUUAAUGUAGUCAGUACUCAUUUUACAUAAUAGACUAUAAAAAUAAAUUGUUUAUUACACCGGCUUUAUUGUUAGGUAUUUGGAUUGUAUAUACAUAUUUUAUUAUUAUCGGCUAGUCGUAUUUUGUCAAGAUGUUGCCUAAAUACCAUAACAUAAAUGGUUUAAAAUAUUCAUUCACAUAUUUGUCUACAAUAACAUAAAAUUUGCAAAAGUUCCAACAUCUGUCCAUUCUUUUUUUACAGCAAUCAAAAAUAUGUUCCCUAAACAUUAUUUACCUAAUAUUGGCGCCAUUAAAAUGCGUUUCGAAUAAGAAAGUGCAAGAAUAGGCGAUUCAAUCGAAGAAAUAGGGCCAUUAAAACAGAUAUUUUUAAUAAUAACUUUUGUUUUUAAUCAGAAUCUAACAUUUAAAAAAAAUAUUUAACAUUUAAAAUCUUUUUUUUAUGUCCAUACUUUUAUCUUAGGCGCCCAUAUUCUUAU